AUGAACAAAUUGCCAGAGAUGCGGUGCGUCUUCCUGUUUUCCCUUUUGGCAUCCGUUUAUGCUGAGCCUACUAUGUAUGGGGAGAUCCUGUCCCCGAACUAUCCUCAGGCAUACCCCAAUGAGGUAGAGAAAUCUUGGGAUAUAGAAGUUCCUGAAGGGUAUGGGAUCCACCUCUACUUCACCCAUCUGGACAUAGAGCUGUCGGAGAACUGCGCAUAUGACUCAGUGCAGAUAAUGUCAGGAGACUUUGAAGAAGGGAAACUCUGUGGGCAGAGGACCAGCAAGAGUCCCAACUCUCCCAUCGUGGAAGAGUUCCAAAUCCCGUACAAUAAACUCCAGGUGAUCUUUAAGUCAGACUUCUCCAAUGAAGAACGUUUCACUGGGUUUGCUGCCUACUAUGUCGCUGUAGAUGUAAACGAGUGCACAGACUUUGCCAAUGCCCCUUGUAGCCACUUCUGCAACAACUUCAUGGGUGGUUAUUACUGCUCCUGCCCCCCAGAAUACUUCCUCCAUGAUGAUAUGAAGAAUUGUGGAGUCAACUGCAGUGGGGAUGUAUUCACGGCACUGAUUGGGGAGAUCACAAGUCCCAAUUAUCCCAAUCCAUACCCAGAGAAUUCAAGGUGUGAAUAUCAGGUCCUCUUGGAGGAGGGAUACCAAGUGGUCGUGACUGUGCGGAGAGAAGAUUUUGAUGUGGAACCAGCUGAUUCAGGGGGCCAUUGCCCUGACAGUUUAGUUUUUGUUGCAAGAGACAAGCAAUUUGGUCCUUACUGUGGUAAUGGAUUCCCUGGGCCACUAAAUAUUGAAACCAGGAGCAAUGCUCUUAAUAUCAUCUUCCAAACUGACCAAACAGAGCAAAAAAGGGGCUGGAAACUUCGUUACCAUGGAGAUCCAAUCCCUUGUCCCAAAGACGUCACUGACAAUUCUGUUUGGGAGCCUGAGAAAGCAAAAUAUGUGUUCAAAGAUGUGGUGAGGAUAACCUGCCUGGAAGGGUUUGAAGUCGUACAGGGAAGUGUUGGCUCGAGAUCUUUCUAUUCUACUUGUCAAAGUGAUGGAAAGUGGAGUAAUUCCAAACUGAAAUGUCAACCUGUGGACUGUGGAAUUCCUGAACCCAUUCAGCAUGGUACAGUCGAAGAUCCAGAAGAUACUUUAUUUGGUUCUGUCAUUCGCUAUACUUGUGAGGAGCCAUAUUACUACAUGGAAAAUGAAGAAAGUGGGGAGUAUCGCUGUGCUGGCAACGGGAGCUGGGUGAAUGAGUUGCUGGGCACCGAGCUGCCAAAAUGUGUUCCAGUCUGUGGUGUUCCCAGUAAGCCCUUUGUAGGAAGACAGAGGAUAUUUGGAGGAUCUGUUGCAGAUAUUCAAAAUUUCCCCUGGCAAGUCUUCUUUUCAGACCCACGGGCUGGUGGGGCUCUCAUCGAUGAGUACUGGGUGCUGACAGCCGCCCAUGUCGUGGAGAGAAACCAUAACCCAGGAAUGUACGUUGGGUCCACCUCAGUACUCCGCUCAGAUCUGACAAAAACCAAGAUGCUUACUGCUGAGCGUGUGAUUAUUCAUCCGGGUUGGAAAUUGUUGGAUGACCCAGAGUCACGGAAGAAUUUUGACAAUGACAUUGCACUUGUGCAGCUGAAAGAGCCCGUGAAAAUGGGACCCACUGUCUCCCCUAUCUGCCUGCCAGGUACCUCCUCAGAAUACAAUCCCUCGGUGGGAGACCUGGGACUGAUCUCAGGCUGGGGCCGAACAGAGAAAAAAGAUCAUGUGCGCCAGCUCAGAGGGGCAAAGUUACCCAUUGCUCCCUUAGAAAGGUGCCGGGAGGUGAAAGGGGAAAAUCUUAAACUGGAUAUAAAUGCCUUCGUUUUCACUAAUAACAUGAUCUGUGCUGGAGGACAGAAGGGUGUUGAUAGCUGUGAAGGGGACAGUGGCGGAGCUUUUGCUGUACAGAUCCCCAGUGUAGAGACCCCCAAAUUCUAUGUAGCUGGUCUGGUGUCCUGGGGCCCUCAGUGUGGAACUUAUGGAAUCUACACACGAGUAAAGAACUACAUUGACUGGAUAAAGAAGACAAUGCAGGAAAAUAGUCCCCCCAGUAUGGACUAAUCCAUACAUACACCACCAGCUUCUUCAAGGGCUAUGACCAAUCCAUUUGCUUUCUGUUCCUCUCAAUAUUCCUACGAUUUCACUAUGACUGAAAAAAGACCUGGGAGUG